GCGCAAUCUCACACGACCAACAGCACCAUGGCCGACGCAGCCGACGGCAAGCUCAAGGAUCUCUCCAUAUCCCAGACGAAGAAGAGCAAGAAGGAUGGUGCCCCGAAGACGGCCGCGAAGAAGCCUCAGCAACAAAAGAAGAAGAUUGAGGGUGCCGCUUUGAUUGGAAUCGAUGUUGCAAAGGAAGAUGAUCUGGGCGAAUGGUACCAGCAGGUCAUUACCAAGGGCCAGAUGAUCUCCUACUACGAUGUCGCCGGUUGCUACAUUCUAGAACCUCCCAGUUACGCCAUCUGGGAAAACAUCAAAUCGUGGUUCGACGCAAAGAUCAAGACACUCAAAGUCCGCAAUGCAUACUUCCCCAUCUUCAUCAGCGCCGACAACCUGGAGCGCGAAAAAGAGCACGUUGAGGGAUUCGCCGCUGAGGUAGCAUGGGUCACCAAGGGAGGAAAGUCUGAUCUCGAAAAGCCUGUCGCUGUUCGCCCCACGAGCGAAACCGCCAUGUAUCCCUACUUUGCGCGCAAGAUCCAAUCACACCGGGAUCUUCCUUUGAAAUUGAACCAAUGGAACAACGUUGUACGGUGGGAGUUCAAGCACCCAAUGCCUUUCAUUCGUUCGCGCGAGUUCCUUUGGCAAGAAGGUCACACAGCACACUUGACGAAAGAAGCCGCCAGUGAGGAAGCUCUCCAGAUCCUGGAGUGGUAUGCCGGUGUUUACCAAGAUCUUCUCGCUGUUCCUGUCAUUCAAGGAACCAAGACGGAGAACGAGAAGUUCCCCGGUGCGGAUUACACGACGACCAUUGAAGGCUUUAUUCCGGCAACAGGACGUGGCAUUCAAGCAGCUACCUCGCAUUGCCUUGGCCAGCACUUUUCCAAGAUGUUCAACAUCACUGUCGAAGACCCCAACCCCAAGGAAGCUGGCAAGUCCGAGCAUGUCCAUGUCUGGCAAAAUUCUUGGGGCUUGACUACCCGCUCCAUCGGUGUGAUGAUAUUGACCCACGGAGAUCGUCGCGGUCUUGUCAUUCCCCCUCGGGUUGCUGAGAUUCAGGUUGUUGUGGUCCCUGUCGGUGUAACCGCAAAAAUGUCUGCCGAAGCCAAGGAGGAUCUCUAUAAAAAGGUCGAGGGUAUCUCUGAUGACCUGAAGUCUGUGGGCGUGAGGGUCGAGACCGAUUAUCGCGAGGGUUAUUCUCCCGGCUGGAAGUUCAACGACUGGGAGCUCAAGGGUAUCCCUCUUCGCAUCGAAUUCGGUCCCAAGGAUGCUGAGAAGGGCCAGGUCACGACAUCCCGUCGCGAUAUUGACAACAAGGAUGAAGCCCGUGGCGAGACAAAGGUCGACGAGCUCAAGGAAGCAAUUCCCAAAUUGCUCGAGCAGAUUCAGUCCGACAUGUUCAACAAGGCUAAAAAGGCUUACGAUGAGCACCGUGUGCAGUUGACAAACUGGGACGACUUUGUCCCGACUCUCAACAACAAGAGCGUUGUUCUCGUUCCUCACUGUGAAGGCGAUAAAUGCGAAGAUGAAGUCAAAGCGAAGAGUGCACGCACAGCAUUAGGCGAUGGAGUUGCCGAGGACAAACAAGCCCCAGCGAUGGGUGCAAAGAGUUUGUGCAUUCCGUUUGAACAACCCGAUGGUGGCAUCAAGGAAGGGACCAAAUGCAUUAACCCAGACUGCACCAACCUGGCCAAGUCAUGGAUCUUGUUUGGACGAAGCUACUAG